CCGGCGGGGUGGGGAAGUGUCCGCUCGUUGCCUCUCUCCGGGCGGGGCUGUCGGACCGGCUCGCGGCAUGGGUGACCAAGCGCUCAGCUUCGUCAAGGACUUUCUGGCCGGCGGGAUCGCCGCCGCCGUCUCCAAGACGGCUGUCGCCCCCAUCGAGAGAGUGAAGUUGCUGCUGCAGGUCCAGCAUGCCAGCAAACAGAUCACGGCCGAUAAGCAGUACAAGGGCAUCGUGGACUGCAUAGUCCGCAUCCCCAAGGAGCAGGGCAUCGCCUCCUUCUGGAGAGGCAACUUGGCCAAUGUCAUCCGGUACUUCCCCACCCAGGCCCUUAACUUCGCCUUCAAGGACAAGUACAAGCAAAUCUUCCUGGGCGGAGUGGACAGGCACAAGCAGUUCUGGCGCUACUUCGCAGGGAACCUCGCGUCCGGGGGCGCCGCGGGAGCCACCUCCCUCUGCUUCGUCUACCCGCUGGAUUUCGCCAGGACCCGGCUGGCGGCUGAUGUGGGCAAAGGAGCCACUGAGAGGGAGUUCUCUGGCCUGGGCGACUGCAUUGUCAAGAUCUUUAAGUCUGAUGGCUUGAAGGGCCUGUACCAAGGAUUUAGUGUGUCUGUCCAGGGCAUCAUCAUCUACAGAGCAGCCUAUUUUGGGGUAUACGACACGGCCAAGGGUAUGUUGCCUGAUCCAAAGAAUGUGCACAUCGUAGUGAGCUGGAUGAUUGCCCAGAGUGUCACUGCAGUGGCAGGGCUGGUUUCUUAUCCUUUUGAUACUGUGCGACGUAGGAUGAUGAUGCAGUCUGGCCGAAAGGGAGCUGAUAUUAUGUAUAAGGGCACAAUUGAUUGCUGGAGGAAGAUAGCUAAAGAUGAAGGAUCCAAAGCGUUCUUCAAAGGUGCCUGGUCGAAUGUGUUGAGAGGCAUGGGCGGAGCUUUUGUAUUAGUACUUUAUGAUGAAAUCAAGAAGUAUGUCUAAAACUUAACAUCAUCAUGCAGUAGUUCAAUUGUUCUCAAUCAACUUUUU